CUGAGUGGUUGGAAUACCGUUGUGUUUGCACGUUGCCUCUCUGGAAAUGGCAGAGAGAAUAUAGAAUGGCGCACUGAUAUUAGAAACAUGCCUCUAGAAUCGCUACUCAAAAACGUUCUUCAAACCGUCUACCGUGGUUCUCAAACGUCAUAUCUGGAGUAACAACUACCACAUUUUAUUUUGUGUGUAGGCCUAGUGUGUACAUGGAUAUUUGCAUAAUGCAUGCAGAGCAGGGUCUAUUUCUUUCAACCAUCUCCAGGAGUGUGUAGACAAUUUGCGGUGAUAGGGCGCCUCGAGCGUUGAUUGGCGUUGAACUAUGAAGAGCCAUUUCUGAUGAUAGCGCAUUUGGGAGACUGUAAUCUAUCGAAAAUACGGUUUAGCAGCUACCAGAACCACACCUUGAAAGUUAUAUACUUGCUUGCGAAAGACUUGACUUGACUUUCUGGCUGCUAGGUGGAACAGCGUUUAUCAGCCCUCUGCAAAGUCUUAUUUGCUGUGGAUGGAGCCCCGUCUGGCGGACAGAAUCAGUACUGCACCAGCAGACGUGAAAGAAGACUGGUUUUAAAAAAAAAUAAUCCAAGAUGGCGACUUUGUGUGGUGGAGAAAGCAGGCACUCCUGUGGAUGUUUGGUACCCUCUAGUGGUCAUGUUGGUACGUCCAACCGGCCUCACAAACGCAGACCAUGUUUAACCACGCCAGCCCAGGACCUCCACAUCCGGCUUCUUCACCUGUGGGAUCGUCUAAGACCAGCCACCCGGACAGCUGAUGAAAAUGUGGGUUUACAGAAGCAAAUAAUUUCUACAUAAACUGUCAGAAACCGUCUCAGGGAAGCUCAUCUGCGUGCUCAUCAUCCUCACCAGGGUCUUGACCUGACUGCAGUUCGGCAUUGUAACCAACUUCAUUGGGCAAAUGCUCAACUUUGAUGGCCACUGGCACGCUGGAAAAGUGUGCUCUUUUAUAUUUUUUAAGGUAUCUGUGACCAACUGAUGCAUAUCUGUAUUCUCAGUCGUGAAAUCCAUAGAUUCCAUUUAUUUAGAGAUUGAUCAUGAUUAAUGCAAAAGUAAUGUCCCCUAACCUGUCAGAAGGGUGCAAGCUAGGAUUAAUGAAAUGCCAAAUGUACUGUGAGUUGUGAGGAGAGCGGAGAAAUGCAGUAUGUGCAAAUGUUUCCUUAUAUAAACACUUUACAUGCAAUUUGUGAUAUGUGUAUAUUAAGCUUGUCCUGAAAAACAAAGUAGUUCGCAUGUGAGUGAAUUGUAAGUAGUGGUCUAUGCAAGAUAAACAUAAUACAAGAGAGAAGGAUUAAUUUUACAUACUUUUGUCGCCAUAAAUUAUACAAUCAAAUCGUUGUACAUAUUCUGGGACCUCAAUUUAUAUCCUCUUCUGUUAUCAUUAUGGUCACAUCAUCAGGGAGUGUGGAGAAAGCGCCGAUAACAUCUCGCGAGGUUUGGAUAUGGGAUUUGACUUUGCAGUGGGUGGAGACAGGAUAGCAAGUAGAAUCGAAAUCGCCUUUUUGACAGCUAACAUAAAAAAAAUACUGUCUAACUUUCAACUUGAAUGAAUGCGGUGAUAUUUCGUACAGUUGCACCUACAUUGAGGCAUAUCGUUAAGGAGGUUCAUUCUAUAACGUCAAUCCUCUGGAACAUUUCUGCGGAGAGUAACGUAUGCUCUGGAGCUAGUAAAGCUGCCUUAGCUGAAAUGUUUCAGCUGCAGUGAAGAAAAUACCUUUCCGUUUUAUCGAAACUCCCCGGUGUAUCGGCGCCUGGCUAGUGGGAGUCGGAGCAUGCGUGUGAGGUCAGAGAUCAAAUUGGACGUGGAGCUGUGAUGCGUGCGGCGAGCUGCAGGAUGAACGCGGCGGCCAUUCUGAACGGCCUGCUGGUGUCGGUGGUGGCAGCACUGCUCUGGAAGUACGUGAGGCUAAGCGAGCACGCUGCAGUACUGGAGGAGGAGCUGCAGCUGACCCACCAGUCCCAGGAGUUGUCCCAGGCCCGGAUAGACUACCACGCCGCUCUGCUGGCCCUCCAGGAAUAUGGCACCCGUAUGGUCUGCACCGGCAAGAUGCACACUGAUCGCAUCUGCCGCUUCGACUACCUGUGCUACUGCACCGAGGCCGAGGAGUUUGUCUUCUUCCACAGCAACUCCUCCUUCAUGCUGCCCAACCUGGGGCCCCGGCGAUUCCAGCCGGCCCUGCUAGACCUGUCCUCUGUGGAGGAUCACAACACCCAGUACUUCAACUUCCUGGAGCUGCCCGCAGCUGCCCUCAAGUUCAUGCCCAAGCCUGUGUUCGUCCCUGACGUCACCCUCAUCCUCAACCGUUUCAAUCCGGAUAAUCUGAUGCAUGUGUUCCACGAUGACCUGCUUCCCAUCUUCUACACCAUGCAGCAGUACUCGGACCUGGACGAUGAGGCCCGCCUGGUCUUCAUGGAGGGCUGGGGUGAGGGCGCACACUUUGACCUCUACCGCCUGCUGAGCAGCAAGCAGCCACUUCUCAAAGAACAGCUGAGGAACUUUGGCAAACUUAUGUGCUUCACAAAGUCCUAUGUGGGCUUGUCCAAGAUGACCACAUGGUACCAGUACGGCUUUGUCCAACCACAGGGCCCCAAAGCCAACAUCCUGGUCUCUGGGAACGAGAUCCGUCAGUUUUCCUCAUCGCUGAUGGAGAAGCUCAAUAUCACCACGCGAGGAGGAGAGGAGAGCGCAGCGGAGGAAAAGGACGAGUACAUCGUAGUGUUCAGUCGCUCCAUCAACAGACUCAUCCUGAACGAAGCGGAGCUGAUCCUUGCGUUAGCGCAGGAGUUCCAGAUGAGAGCGGUGACGGUGUCUCUGGAGGAGCAGACCUUCCCCAGCAUCGUCAAGGUCAUCAGCGGGGCCUCCAUAUUGGUCAGCAUGCACGGGGCCCAGCUGGUCUCCUCUCUCUUCCUCUCCCGGGGGGCCGUCGUAGUGGAGCUCUUUCCCUAUGCGGUCAACCCAGAGCAGUACACCCCUUACAAAACCCUGGCCUCUCUACCAGGCAUGGACCUGCAGUAUGUGGCUUGGAGGAACAUGGUGGAGGAGAACUCUGUGGCCUACCCAGAGAGGCCCUGGGAGCAGGGUGGUAUAGCCCACCUGGAUAAGGAAGACCAGGAGCACAUCCUGGCCAGUAAGGAAGUGCCCAGACACCUGUGUUGCCGCAACCCUGAGUGGCUCUAUCGCAUCUACCAGGACACCAUAGUGGACAUCCCUUCUUUACUAGAGGCUCUCAGAGCGACAGUGAAAACCAGGCCCAACCUGAAGAAGGCCAAGCGUGCCAGCACGGUCCACCCAGGCCAGGUCAGAGAGCCCCAGUGCCAGACGUCGGUCCAGGCCACCAACGAGGCCAAGCUGACUGUGUCGUGGCAAAUCCCCUGGAACCUCAAGUACCUGAAGGUCAGGGAGGUGAAGUACGAAGUGUGGAUCCAGGAGCAAGGAGAGAACACGUACAUGCCUUAUAUUCUCCCCCACCAGAACUAUACCUUCUCUGAAAACAUCAAACCCUUUACGACGUACCUGGUGUGGGUGCGCUGCAUCUUUAACAAAAACCUCCUGGGGCCCUUUGCAGAUGUACUCACGUGCAGGACAUAAUUUGAGUUGAUAUUUACAGUUUCAAGUAUGUGACUGCUUGUUCCAGAUGAUCAGAUAUUGGGGCUGUGGAGUAGUAGUAGUUUUGAAAGUAGCGCUCACGAGCCAAUAUGGGUCCCAGAAAAUGGUGCACAAUUGUAUACGACGUCAUUCAUUUUGUAUGACAUGUUACGUCCUGCACGAUAAAUGUAUGUUUCCUGCAAUUCGUAUGAUAUGUUACGAAUUUGUAAGUGCUUAAGAUCCCGUUCAAUCUCUUUUUAAAAGGAACAUCUGUGAUUGAGGAUCGUCUCCGAUUUGAGGAUAGUUGAUAUUAUGUAAUCUGUAUCUAGGAUGAGAGACUGUGCUGUUUGAUGAGACAACCAUGUCCUCACACAGAGGAGAGUGAAAUGCAGUAGAAAUUCAAUGGCAUUUAGCAUGGGACGCAGGAAUACAUGAGUCACAAUUUAAGGAUGCAUGGACCUGCAGAAAGUGCUAUAUGUCUUUUUGAGAUAUAGGAAUUUCCUUAAUAUACUUAUUUAUGAGCAAAAAUGUAUAGUAUAAAUUCAUUUAUGUUUUUUUUAUUAGUCUCAAACACUGAACCUAUUUAUACCUGUACUUAUUUAAGUAUGUAAUGCAGGUUUUCAGCAAAGCCCAGGUGGGACUUCAGGAUGACUUGGUCUUGGUUUCAUACUUAUUUGAUUGGUUUGUGAUUUGUUAUACAGUUAUCUGAUAAAUCACACCUUUGUGGCUUAGCCUACCCUCCUGCACAAAGUUGUAGCUUUGUCAUGUUGCCUUUAUAAUUGGCAAUUUACAUAAUUGCAGAAUGUUGCCAAAACCUUAAAGGGAUACUGUGAGAUUCUGGCAAUUUUCUACUUACCCAGAGUCAGAUGAAUUCGUGGGUACCAUAUUUAUGCCUCUGCGUGCAGUAUGAAGGAAGUUAGAAGUAGUUUCGCGAGCCAAUUCUAACUAGCAUUAGCACAAUGACUGGAAGUCUAUAGGUAUCUGCUAGCUGGGUAUCUGCUUCAGGCCUGGGCAACUCCAGUCCUCGGGGACCUGAUUGGUGUGACACUUUUCCCCCAUCCCUAGCAAACACACCUGAUUUAAACUAAUUGCGUUUUUAACGCAUGAUUAGUUGACUAUUGGAGUCAGGUGUGUUAGCUGGGGCAAAAGUGUGACACCAAUCAGGCCCCCGAGGACUGGAGUUGCCCAGGCCUGCUUGCUGCAGAUACCCAUACACUUCCAGUCAUUGCGCUAACACUAGUAGUGCUAGCAACUUCCUUCAAACCACACGCAGAGACAUUAAAAGGGUAUCCAUGAGUUCAUCUGACCCUGGGUAAGGAGAUAAAGGGCCUCAUUGCCAAAAUCCCGAAGUAUCCCUUUAAGAGCAACCAAAAUGAAUUUGAAAAUAUGGUCACCAGUCUACAGUACCAUUAAGUAUGUGUUAUUAGUUGUGAUCUGGAUUAUCUUGUGCUUCAUUGAGGCUUUAAUAUUUGCCAUUUACCGUUUUGAACUAUUGUGGCCCAUGGAUAAUAAAUUCUUCCCCUUCUAGAUUAUUUGAGAUAUUAAUUCAAGGCAGAUAAAAACUUUCAAAGAGUGUGUCCAGGAAAAUAUGUUGCCAGUUUUCUAAAGAUGCUGACUAAAACAUGCAUUAUUCAUUCAAAUGUAGCAGUCUUUUAAGAACAGGGUUCCUCUAAAUGAAAAUUAAGAGACUCUAUUAUCAUGUAUUUAUGUGAAAGGUUCUGUUGCUAUGCGGUGUGGUCACUAGAUAUGCAAGGGGUAGUUCUAUUUCUUUCAGAAAAACUGGAGCUUCUUUAAUCAUUUUUUUUGUCAUUGCCCUGUGUGUCAAAAGAUAAAUACAAAAAGGUUCAUGUCACUUCAGUGUCCCCAUUACAGCAAUUCUGAGUUCAAUUGUCCUAUUCUUUUUGUUAUUCAGUCCACACAGUUGCAGAAAAUGAUCAGAAUUCCUUACUUACUAUUAAUGGGUACCAUUUCUGAUUGUGAUCAUUUACAUUUUGCGCAGGUUAUAUGCAUGCAUAAACCUGUGCUAUAAUUAGCCUGUGAUGCUUUUAAUUUGAAAGGGUGGUAAUGACUGCUCUGCCCCAAAUCAAGCUGGAGGAAUAACCCAUUCUAUGGCUCAUCAGUGCUGCUAACCAUGCGUGAUGUAGGGUUUGUAUCCCAAAUGGCACCCUCUUCCCUUUAUAGUGUACUACUUUUGACCAAGACCUAUAAAGGUGAACAGAGCCUAAAAAUAGUGCUCUAUAUAGGGAAUAGGGUGCCAUUUUGGGACUCAGCCCAAGUCUAUAUGGUGGUGUGCAAUGCUGCCUGUUACUUUUCAUUGACUUGUGGUGUGGAAAACCAAAGUAAUGACUAGCUUCCCAGUAUGUACCAAGCCCCCAGAGAAAGAGUGCUGAUGUAGGAUCAGGUCUUGCUGCAGCCCUCCUGUCCUACUGAGCGUAUAUACAGUACAUUGCCUUCAGAAGUUAUUUACACCCUUCGACUUUUUCCACAUUUUGUUGUUACAAAGUGGGAUUAAAAUGGUUGAAAAAAUGUACAAUUAAAUCCAUCUACAAAUAAUCUGUAAUGUCAAGUGGAAGAAAAAUACUAACACUUGUAAAAAAAAAAAGAACACUAAUACAGUAUAUCUUUAUCAGGUAAGUAUUCAACCCACUUAGUCAACACAUGUUAGAAUCACCUUUGCCAGCGAUUACAGCUGUGAGUCUUUCUGGGCAAGUCUCUAACAGCUUUUCACACCUCGAUGGUGCAACAUUUGCCCCUUAUUAUUUUCAAAAUUCUUCAAGCUCUGUCAAAUUGGUUGUUGAUCAUUGCUAGACAACUAUUUUCAGGUCUUGCCAUAGAUUUUCAAGCAGAUUUAAGUUAAAACUGUAACUCAGCUACUCAGGAACAUUCACUGUCUACUUGGUAAACAACUCCAGUGUACAGUUGUGGCCAAAAGUUUUGAGAAUUAAACUAAUAUUAAUUUCCACAAAGUUUGCUGCUUCAGUGUCUUUAGAUAUUUUUGUCAGAUGUUACUAUGGAAUACUGAAGUAUAUUACAAGCAUUUCAUAAGAGUCAAAGGCUUUUAUUGACAAUUACAUGAAGUUGAUGCAAAGAGUCAAUAUUCAGUGUUGACCCUUCUUUUUCAAGACCUCUGCAAUCCGCCGUGGCAUGCUGUCAAUUAACUUCUGGGCCACAUCUUGACUGAUGGCAGCCCAUUCUUGCAUAAUCAAUGCUUGGAGUUUGUCAGAAUUUGUGGGUUUUUGUUUGUCCACCCGCCUCUUGAGGAUUGACCACAAGUUCUCAAUGGGAUUAAGGUCUGGGGAGUAUCCUGGCCAUGGACCCAAAAUAUCGAUGUUUUGUUCCCCGAGCCACUUAGUUAUCACUUUUGCCUUAUGGCAAGGUGCUCCAACAUGCUGGAAAAGGCAUUGUUCGUCACCAAACUGUUCCUGGGUGGUUGGGAGAAGUUGCUCUCGGAGGAGGUGUUGGUACCAUUCUUUAUUUAUAAAAUUGUGAGUGAGCCCACUCCCUUGGCUGAGAAGCAACCCCACACAUGAAUGGUCUCAGGAUGCUUUACUGUUGGCAUGACACAGGACUGAUGGUAGCGCUCACCUUGUCUUCUCCGGACAAGCUAUUUUCCGGAUGCCCCAAACAAUUGGAAAGGAGCAAAUGACUUUACCCCAGUCCUCAGCAGUCCCAUCCCUGUACCUUUUGCAGAAUAUCAGUCUUCCCCUGAUGUUUUUCCUGGAGAGAAGUGGCUUCUUUGCUGCCCUUCUUGACACCAGGCCAUCCUUCAAAAGUCUUCACCUCACUGUGCGUGCAGAUGCACUCACACCUGCCUGCUGCCAUUCAUGAGCAAGCUCUGUACUGGUGGUGCCCCGAUCCCGCAGCUGAAUCAACUUUAGGAGAUGGUCCUGGCGCUUGCUGGACUUUCUUGGGCGCCCUGAAGCCUUCUUCACAACAAUUGAACCGCUCUCCUUGAAGUUCUUGAUGAUCCGAUAAAUGGUUGAUUUAGGUGCAAUCUUACUGGCAGCAAUAUCCUUGCUUGUGAAGCCCUUUUUGUGCAAAGCAAUGAGGAUGGCACGUGUUUCCUUGCAGGUAACCAUGGUUGACAGAGGAAGUACAAUGAUUCCAAGCACCACCCUCCUUUUGAAGCUUCCAGUCUGUUAUUCGAACUCAAUCAGCAUGACAGAGUGAACUCCAGCCUUGUCCUCAUCAACACUCACACCUGUGUUAACAAGAGAAUCACUGACAUGAUGUCAGCUGGUCCUUUUGUGGCAGGGCUGAAAUGCAGUGGAAAUGUUUUUGGGGGAUUCAGUUCAUUUGCAUGGCAAAGAGGGACUUUUUCAUCUGAUCACUCUUCCUAACAUUCUGGAGUAUAUGCAAAUUGCCAUCAUACAAACUGAGGUAGCAGACUUUGAAAAUUAAUAUUUGUGUUAUUCUCAAAACUUUUGGCCAUGACUGUAGAUUUGGACUUGUGUUUUAGGCUAUUGUCCAGCUGAAAUGUGAAUUAAUCUUCCAGUGUCUGGUGGAAAGUAGACUGAACCAUGUUUUCCUCUAGGAUUUUGCCUGUGCCUAGCUCCAUUCCAUUUAUGUUUUACCCUGAAAAACUCCCCAGUCUUUAGCGAUUACAAGCAAACACAUAACAUAAUGCAGUCACCGCUAUGCUUGAAAAUAUGGAGAGUGGUACUCAGUAAUGUGUUGUAUUGGGUUUGCCCCAAAUACAACCUUGUAUUUAGGACAAAAAGUGAAUUGCUUUGCAACAUUUUUUAAGUAUUCCUUUAGUGCCUUGUUGCAAACAAUGCAUGUUUUGGAAUAUUUUAAUUAUGUACAGGCUUCCUUCUUUUCACUCUGUCAAUUAGGUUAGUAUUGUGGAGUAACUACAAUGUUGUUGAUCCAUCCUCAGUUUUCACCUCUCACAGCUGCUCAAAGGGAUAUUCAAUGUCUGUUUAUUUUAUUUAUAUAUUUUUUAAACGUAUUUAGGCUUGCCAUAAAAAAAGGGGUUGAAUACUUAUUGACUCAAGACAUUUCAGCUUUUCACUUUUAAUUAUACUGAACAAAAAUAUAAACACAACAUGCAACAAUUAACAAUUUUACUGACGUACAGUUUAUAAGGAAAUCAGUCAAUUUUAAUACAUUCAUUAGGCCCUAAUCUAUGGAUUUCACAUGACUGGGUAGAGGUGCAGCCAUGGUUGGGCCUGGGAGGGCAUAGACCCACCCACUUGGGAGCCAGGCUCAGCCAAUCAGAAUUAAGUUUUUCUGCACAAAAGGGCUUUAUCACAGACAGAAAUACUCCUCAGUUUCAUUAGCUGUUCGGGUGGCUGGUCUCAGACAAUCCCGCAGGUGAAGAAGCCAGAUGUGGAGGUCCUGGGCUGGCAUGGUUACAUGUGAUCUGUGGUUGUGAGGCCGGUUGGCCAUACUGCCAAAUUGAAAAAUGAAAUGAUGUUAGAAGCGGCUUAUGAUAGAGAAAUUAACAUGAAAUUCUCUGGCAACAGUUCUGGUUGACAUUCCUGCAGUCAGAAUGCUCAUUGCACGCUCCCUCAACUUGAAACCUCUGUGGCAUUGUGUUGUGUGACAAAACUGCACAUUUUAAAGUGGCAUUUUAUUGUCCCCAGCACAAGGUGCACCUGUGCAAUGAUCAUGCUGUUUAAUCAGCUUAUUGAUAUGCUACACCUGUCAGGUGGAUGGAUUAUCUUGGUAAAGGUGAAAUGCUCUCUAACAGAGACUUAAAGAAAGUUGUGCUCAAAAUUGGAAAGAACAUUUCUGGGAUCUUUUAUUUAAGCUCAUGAAACAUGGGACCAACACCUUACAUGUUGCAUUUAUAUUUUUGUUCAGUGUAAUUUAGACAUUUUUUGAAAAUCAUUAUUCCACUUUGACAUUAUGCUGUAUUGUGUGUAGGCCAGUGGAAAAAUCUCAAUUUAAUUUAUUUAAAUUCAGGCUGUAACACAACAAAAUGUGGAAAAAGUCAAGGGGUGUGAAUACUUUCUGAAGGCACUGUAUUGUGAUCGAAAAGGUUAAGCUGUCCAAAAUCAGCACUCCUACUCUGAGACACUUGAUAUGCGGCCCCAGAUCUUUCUGUCCCGGGGUUGAGUUUUCAGCAGAGGUCACUCAGCUACUCAGGAACAUUAGGCAACAGAGUGGUGACAGGAAUCUGUGAAUCAACAGCAUUGGAUUGGGUUUCUCUCUUCCCUUAAAACAGCACGAGUGACACAUAGAUUGCCAGUGUCAAUUCAUGGACUUUGCAAUGCGUGUAUUGGUGUCAUAAUUUAAUGGACAUUAAUAGUGUCAUAAUAAUCAAGGGAUUUAAAUGUAGUGCUGACUGGCUAGUAUGUGAAUAUCCUACCCAUUGUGCUGUACCCAUUGAGGUAUCUUACCGAUGAACUAAAUUCCUCAUUAACUGGAAUGUAUCCGUUUUUGAUUGAGAUGUGUUUCGGUUUGAAAGUCAACUUGAACUGUUUAAAAAAUAUAUGUUCUCAAAUGCAGUUCUGUCAGUGUUGGGAUUCAAGAGAUUAUUUUGAACUGUUCAAUGUGAUGUUGUAUUUUGUGUGUUUGUAAUGCUUGUUAGUUUGUGUAUACCACCUCCAGUAAAUAAAUUAUAUUUGCUAAGACUGAAGUGUGUCAGAAACUAGUGUACAUGUAUUAUGUUUACUAUAAUGAUAAAAAAAUAUAUAUGUG